UGAAGUGAGAUUAAGUAUUGAAGAACCAAGUGAAGGGAGAUUAUUCAGUACGUCUCAGCAUUUCGUUAGCAAAAGGGCCUGUAUUCCCUACACGGUGUUAAGUUUCAAAAUUGUGGCUACCGCGGUGUAUACCGUUGAAGGUUAGCGCAGGACAUUCUAGGGUGACAAACCAUGACCAGCAUCAGGUCAUCUGUGCGGCCCAAGAGCAGCAAGCAGGCGUGGGGCACCAUACUAAAGCCAGAGUUUGGACUGGGCUAUCAGAGAAUGACCGAGUAUGAGAUUGAGCAGACAGUCAACAGACUGGCCGUGGUGCCACCUGCCAAACAGCCAUACUACCACAGACCGCAGAAAAAGAUUAGCCAAGAGGAAGUGAAAGCUAUGAUGGAUCGACUGACCAAAGCCGAUAAAAGAAAGAUUCCAGAAAGCGACAGGAGAGUGACAGUAUCAGAUUAUAGUACAAUGGGCGUCGUCUGCUCCUACGCUUGGAAAGGAUACAAUUAAAGCACUGGACAGUGGUCAUCUUGAGGCGUGGACAUCUUCAGCUAGUCACUAAGAUGAUACUAAGAAGAAGAGUGUGGGGCUAAACGAAAUCAAUGACUACAGAAUGCGAGGACUGCGUUCAACUAGUACACUGUUUAGGACUAUAUUUAACUAAUGCAAGUUUUUAGAUAGUGACUGUGUGAAAGCUAAGGCUGUAAUUAUCUAUAUACGAAAAUUGUGUUUAACCUUAGACUCUGUUUGUUUUCUAAUAGACUUUGUUUAACAAUAGACUGUUUUUGUUUAACUUUAUAGACUGUUUAGUUUUGGACUGUGCUUAACUUUAAAUUUUUUAGUUUUUACUUAAUAUGUAAUUUAAUUUUUAGAAUGUUUAACAACUGAUUGUGUUUAACUGGAGACUGUGUUUAACCUUAGAUGAUGUUUACAUUAGACUGUGCUAAAUUUUAUAUUUUAAUUUACUAGAGACAAUGUUUAACAAUUGAUUGUUGUUGUUUUUUUUUAACUCCAGACUGCGUUAGACUUGAGUCUGUGAUUAACGUAGACUGUGAUUUACUAAUAAAAGGGUCGAUGGAGUGUGUUAAACCUGAGACUGUUUUUGACUUAAGACUGUUUAACUUUGAACUGUAAUUUACUAAUUACAAGGUGUAAUUUAUUGAUUGUAUUGUAUCAUGUGUUCAACCUACGACUGUAACUAAGUAAAGGCAAUGUUUAACCAGCGAUUGUAUUUAAUUUAUAAAAUUGUUUCAUUUAAAAAUAUUUAUAACUUUAGAUUAAACCUUAUUUUUUGGCUAUAUUUUUGUUUUCUGGAAUUUCAAUGCUUUAUUUUAUACCUUCAUGAUAGACUCUACAGCAAGUCUGGCUUGGUAUUUGUAUUCGAAUUUGAAGUGCUUAUGUAAUAUCUGAAGAGUUAUAUUAACAUAAUGGACUAAUAAAUCUAAUAAAUAAAAUAAGU